UGAAGAGUAGGCUGUAGGUAGACCAGCCAGGUAGAGGAGGCCUUUGCUUAAACAAAAACCUGGGGGUAAGGAGGCAGGAUUAACUCAGUGGACGCACACUAUGCGCAGGAGUUCCAAUACGGAAAGAUGUACGUGAGUUAUCUUUUGGAGAAGGAACCCAACAUGUACCCAAAUUCAGUGCGACAUCCCAGCAUAAACUUAAACCAUCAGAAUUUUGUGCCGGCACCCCCACAGUAUUCGGAUUUCACCGGAUACCACCCCGUUCACGGGAUUAACAAUGACCCUCACCACAGUCAGACGGGGACCUGGACGCCCGCUUACCCACCAAGCCGGGACGAAUGGUCACCGUAUGGACCAGGGACAGGACCGUCCACAUCUAAUCCAGGACCAAUUGGGUAUAGCCCCCCCGAGUUCUCUCCAGUACCACAACCCGGGCUUCUUUCCACUUCUAUCAACUCAUCUGUAGGUCAGCUUUCUCCCAAUUCUCAGCGCAGAAACCCUUAUGAUUGGAUGAGGCGGAGCGCACCACCGGCCAAUUCAGGUGGUAAGACACGAACGAAAGACAAGUAUCGAGUUGUGUAUACAGAUCACCAACGGUUGGAGCUGGAGAAGGAGUUCCACUACAGCCGCUAUAUCACCAUCCGAAGGAAAGCAGAGCUGGCCACCUCCCUCAGCCUCUCAGAACGACAGGUGAAAAUCUGGUUUCAGAAUCGACGCGCCAAAGAGAGGAAGGUCAACAAGAAGAAAAUGCAACAGCCUCAGCCUGCGUCCACCACGACGCCCACGCCGCCUGGCUCCGGCAUGCCGGGCAACAUUGGCAUGGUGACCAGCAGCAGCGGCCUGGUGUCUCCAUCAAUUCAAAUGACAAUCAAAGAAGAAUACUGACAAAUGGUCUGACAGAAAUAGGAGAAAUAGACUUUAGAGCGAAUCCGACCUGCAACAGAGUCAACAGCUUGAGUAACACACAAGUCCAAUGCAGGAGUCAGCAACCCAAAAGAAAGAAGAAUAAAGACUCGCUACUGUUUCCUGCGUUUUUUGAGAAAAAAAUGUUUUUUUUGAAGAACAAUGCAGACUAACGCGAACGUCGGCCGUGCACAGUAGAUCGAUCGACUGUCACCCACGGCAGCCAAUCAAACGGUUCAAUGAACGGGUUAUGAUCAGAACAUGACUGCCCGUGUCCUAUAGCAUAGCGAAAGGUGUUGCUCUGUCUUGUCAGAAUGAGAAAAAGAACAGAGAAAGAUAUAAAUAUAUAAAUAUAAAACUGCUGUCUUUUACUUUUAUCAUGACUUCUACUGUUUCUAGUGUUGAUAUCUCUUCUGCUCUGCUCGUCCCAUAGUAUAAAUACUUGUAAAUGGUUAUGAUUCCAUGCAAUAAUAAUGAUAA